AUUAAACCCUAUCCCUCCCUCUCUCUCUCACGCGCUCUCCCCCUGCCUCCUGUUCCUACUCCCUGUCCUCUCUCAUUGCCUCCCUCCCUCCCUCUGUUCCCCCUGUCCCUCCCUCUUUCUCCAGUGCUCUCCCCCUCUGCUUCUCAGUGAAACGCACACUUCUCUCUUGUCCAACAUGUUGCCUGGACGAUGUUACGGUCCACAGUUCGAGCUUUCCUGCCCUCAUACCGGGCUCCUGCCGACUUGCUGCAUCUGAAGGCAUUGAACGAGGAGGACACGGGGGUGAGGCAGCGGGACACCAUAGGGCGCUCCCCUUCUGUCUCCAUGUGGAGUGCGGCGAUGCGGAGGAGACGCUAUCUGGUGGAGAGGGCUGAGAAUGGCACAGCCAAGCAGAAGUCCACAGACUGGCUGUACGAGUCCUACUACUGCAUGAGCCAGCAGCACCCGCUGAUCGUGUUCCUGCUGCUCAUAGUGAUGGGAGCCUGCCUGGCUCUACUGGCUGUGUUCUUUGCUUCUGGGCUGAACAUCGAGGACCACGUUGCAUUCAUAAUCACAGUUCCCACGGCGUUGGCCAUUUUCCUCACGAUCUUCGUCUUAGUCUGCAUGGAGUCGGUCUUCAAGAAGAUGCUACAUGUGUUUUCCUUGGUGAUCUGGGCCUGCCUCGUUACCAUGGGUUACCUCUUCAUGUUUUUUGGGGGUAUCAUCUGUCCAUGGGACCAGGUCUCCUUCUUCCUGUUCAUUAUUUUUGUGGUCUACACCAUGCUGCCCUUCUGCAUGCGUGACGCCAUCAUCGCCAGCGUGCUGACCUCUUUCUCCCACACUGUCGUGCUCAGCGUCUGUCUAUCCACCACCACAGACAACAUGGAGCCCCUGAUAUGGCAGAUCUUGGCAAACAUUAUCAUCUUCAUCUGUGGAAACAUGGCUGGGGCUUACCACAAACACCUAAUGGAGCUUGCCGUGAAGCAGACCUACCAGGAUACCUGCAACUGCAUUAAGUCACCUAUCAAGCUGGAGUUUGAGAAACGUCAGCAGGAACGUUUGUUGCUGUCACUGCUCCCAGCUCACAUUGCCAGGGUGAUGAAAGCUGAAAUCAUUCAGAGAUUACAGGGCCCCAGAUUUGGCCAGGUGGAGAACACCAACAACUUCCACAAUCUGUAUGUUCAGCGGCACACCAAUGUCAGUAUCCUGUAUGCAGAUAUUGUGGGAUUCACACGUCUUGCCAGUGACUGUUCCCCAGGAGAGCUGGUGCAUAUGCUCAAUGAGCUCUUUGGCAAAUUUGAUCAGAUUGCAAAGGAAAAUGAGUGUAUGCGGAUCAAAAUUCUUGGCGACUGUUAUUACUGUGUGUCAGGCCUGCCAGAAUCCCUGCCAAACCAUGCUAAAAACUGUGUGAAAAUGGGCCUGGACAUGUGUGAGGCUAUAAAGAAGGUGAGGGACGCCACUGGAGUAGACAUUAACAUGCGGGUCGGAGUUCACUCAGGAAAUGUCCUCUGUGGAGUUAUUGGUCUUCAGAAAUGGCAAUAUGAUGUUUGGUCACAUGAUGUCACAUUAGCCAAUCACAUGGAGGCUGGUGGGGUACCUGGGCGGGUCCACAUCACCUCUGUGACACUGGAGCAUCUGAAAGGGGCAUACAAGGUGGAGGACGGGGACGGGCAGGAACGGGAUCCCUAUCUGAAAGAGCACGGGGUCAUCACCUACCUCGUUAUCAACCCAAAGGCGGACAGACGUAGCCCACAGCACCACUACCGGCCCCGGCACACACUAGAUGGGGCCAAAAUGAGGGCGUCAGUGAGGAUGACCCGUUACCUGGAGUCCUGGGGAGCAGCCAAGCCCUUUGCUAAUCUACACCACAGGGACAGCAUGACCAAUGAGAAUGGCAAGAUCAACACCGCUGUGAGUGACUGUCUGAAAGAAGAUGUUCCAAUGGGGCAAUAUCAUUUUCCCAGGCGCUCAGAAAGAACUAAAUCCCAGAAGAAGAAAUUUGAGGAGGAAUUAAAUGAGAGAAUGAUUCGAACCAUUGAUGGAAUUAACUCCCAGAAACAGUGGCUGAAAUCUGAAGAUAUUCAGAGGAUUUCACUGUUUUUUCACAAUAAGUCUCUGGAGAAGGAGUACAGAGCAACAACUUUACCUGCUUUCAAAUAUUACAUCACCUGUGCCUGCCUGAUAUUCUUCUGCAUCUUCAUAGUGCAGAUCCUUGUCCUGCCAAAGACUUUGGUCUUGGGAAUAUCGUUUGGGGCGUCGUUCUUUCUGUUGUUUCUGAUCCUGCUUAUCUGCUUUGCUGAACACCUCCUGAAGUGCAGCAAAUCAGCCUCUGCAUCCUGGCUCUGGAUCCUGAGAUCAUCUGGAAUUAUUGCCAACAAGCCCUGGCCACGGAUCACCCUCACCAUGACAACCACUGCUCUUAUAUUAAUAAUGGCUGUAUUCAACAUGUUCUUCUUAGGGGACCCAAUUAAUUCAUCCAUCUCUCUCUCUAAUUCAUCAAAUGAAACAAUAUAUUAUUCCAAUGGUCAACCGGUACAACAAGUGGAGAAAAACAAUUUCUACCUUCCUUACUUCAUUUACAGUUGUAUCCUGGGCUUGGUGUCAUGCUCCGUCUUCCUACGGAUUAAUUAUGAGCUGAAGAUGGUCAUCAUGCUGGUAGCUGUGGUGGGAUACAAUGCUAUCAUUCUGCAGACUCAUGCUGCUCUACUGGAUGAGUACAGCAAGUUCCUCUAUAAAACAGAGGCUCUGGAAAGGCCAGGUGUACUGAAAGAUCUGAAAACUAUGGGCUCCGUCUCUCUCUUCAUAUUCUUCAUCACAUUGCUUGUUCUGGCCAGACAGAAUGAAUAUUACUGUAGGUUAGACUUCCUGUGGAAGAACAAGUUUAAGAAAGAAUGUGAGGAAAUAGAGACCAUGGAGAACCUCAACCGUGUGCUUCUGGAAAAUGUCCUGCCCGCACAUGUGGCAGAGCAUUUCUUAGCCCGCAACUGGAAAAAUGAGGAUCUAUACCACCAGUCAUAUGACCUGGUCUGUGUAAUGUUUGCCUCCAUACCGGAUUUCAAAGAAUUCUAUACUGAGUCAGAUGUCAACAAAGAGGGUCUGGAGUGCCUCAGACUACUCAAUGAGAUCAUUGCAGAUUUUGAUGAGCUUCUCUCCAAGCCCAAGUUUAGCGGGGUGGAGAAGAUAAAGACUAUUGGCAGCACCUACAUGGCAGCCACAGGCCUUAAUGCAACACCUGGGCCUGAGUACACACAGGAGCAUGACAGACAGUACAUGCACAUCGGCACCAUGGUGGAGUUUGCCUUUGCGCUGGUGGGAAAGCUUGAUGUUAUAAAUAAACAUUCCUUCAAUGACUUCAAACUCCGAGUUGGUAUCAACCACGGUCCAGUGAUCGCUGGGGUCAUUGGAGCACAGAAACCUCAGUAUGACAUCUGGGGAAAUACAGUGAAUGUUGCCAGCAGGAUGGACAGCACUGGGGUGCUGGGCAAAAUACAGGUCACAGAGGAGACAAGUCGUAUCUUACUCACGCUGGGUUACCUGUGCUCCUGCAGAGGGAUUAUCAACGUUAAGGGAAAAGGAGAACUCAAGACCUAUUUUGUCCACACAGAGAUGACGCGGUCUCUCUCCCAGGGAAACGUAAUGGCAUGAAAUAUUGUGCAAGCAAACCAGACUGCGGCUGGCCAGCAGACAAACACCACACACUCCUGUACAUAGUUUCGCCUUGUGUUUAGAUGCACAAACUCUUGGAUGUACAAGUGGUACCGUUUCUCCAGUAUCUCUUAAGCAGGAUAGUUUGCUGAGUACGGUAUUUACUGUAAGUGCAGUAGGAGACAUUUUUUAAUGAAAAUGAAAGUGUUUUGAUGUUUUAAUGCCAUUGUUUUGUAAAAUUUAUUCAUUAAAGGUUUAUAUGUAUUUCAA